AUGGCAAGCAGAUCACAGAGCAGGGUUCGAACCCCGGAGAACAAUGCCUCACACUCAUCUGCCCCAUACCCGGAGACUCAGAAGCGCCGGCGCCGUUCUCCCAAUGAGUUAGUUUGGACACAACCACGAACAAUCCCAGCAAAUCUCCACAAGAACGCGAGAAAGGUGUCAAAAUCGCCUGAAAUGCCCAAGGAGAGCACUGGACGAAGGGAUUCCGGACAUCAGGAACAGCAAAAGGCAAUGUCAAGCCUGCUGACGCCACCCACUCAACCAAAAGACCUCCCAGGAUUCAAAAUGGACAUCGACUUGUUCGACCUUGGAAGUGCGCCCGAAAUGACCGACGACAUGGUGGUCCAAAACCUGUUCAAUUUCUCCGACAAUCCCGCCUUAAUCACACCACCUUCUAUGGAUCAACACUCUAUGACCUUUCACAUGGAUCCAACUUUCAUGGACCACCAGAUGCCUCUUCUAGGCAGCGAUGGUACCGACUCCAGUGAUGGUUCUUUGCACGGACUAGGAGACCCCCGUAUGAACUUAGCGGGUCUCAAUGGAUUUAGCGCUAUUCACCUCGCCGCACAUUUCGGCAAAUUCUCCAUUAUUCGCCUUCUACUAUCUACUUGCCCCGAAGAUGUGGAUCUACUCAACCACGAGGCGCAAACUCCUUUACACAUCGCCGCAGCCGAAGGCCAUUUCGAAGUUAUUCCCGAACUGCUCCGCGCAGGAGCAAACACUCUCAUUCAAGACGUCAAUGGACGCACUGCUUUACAUUUGGCUGUCUCAAAGGGCCAUUUCGACGUUGUACGUCUACUGCUAGACAGUACCCAAGGUCAAAACAUCAUUCACAUUGCAGACAAUGCGGGGCGAAGCUCUUUGCACCACGCGGUUUUGCAAGAAAAUGGCGAAAUUGUCCGAUUAUUGUUAGAGCGGGGUGCUGAUCCCCGUGUCCCCGUUGGUUAA